GCAAAGCAACAAUAUGCGGCGCUGAGCGAUGCAUCUAUUGCACACUGUACGUGUACAUCUGAGUUUCGGUAUAUCGCCAUUGGAGUACUUAUCCUGUAGCGGCGGCGAAAGAACGAUUAAUUUAUUUGUUUUCCAGCUCAAGUUCAACCUCAAGUCAUGGCCUGCCAGUGCUGGUGGUGGCGCUGGGUAGUCACACUAGCGGCAUUCAAUGUGACAUUUCUCUGUCUCGGACUUCUGUACAACUACAGCAUACUCUUCGUGAGUUUGAAGGAGGAAUUCCAUGCUGGAUCCGCAGCAACAGGUUGGGUUGGUUCCGUGGCUAUAGCCCUUACCGGCCUCUGUAGCCCUCUCACGGUCAUCCUCGAACGCAAGCUGAGCAAGCGAACUAUUGUCAACCUAGGAGUUGUCGUCUUCAGCGCAGGACUGUUCGUGACGUCAUUCGUUCCGGCCCUAGGCUACGCCUAUUUCACGUUUGGAGUUAUGACGGGGGUCGGUGCGAACUUCAUCAACCAGCCCACAAUGGUAGUGGUUUUGGAGUGGUUUGCGAGAAAGAAUUUCUCCCGUGCAAUGGUCUUUACUUUGUUAGGAUCAACUUGCGGUAUGUUGGUAUUCAGUCCCGUGCUAACGACGUGCAUUAGUCACUACGGAUGGCGCGGUGCACUGAGAAUUCUGGGCGGUGGCAUCCUCGUUUUGGGCGUCGCGAACGGCAUGUUUCUGACCGACCCACCAACUGAAGACUACACUGCGGCGCCCGAUGAUGAGCCUCCUGACGAAAAACACGAACUGGAGAACAUGGGCAAGAUGAAGCAAGUUCCGGAAGGGGGCACCAAGGGGUCUGAUUAUGAAAAGCGAAGCAGCAAGGGUCACGGUGCUGACUUAAAUGAAGGGAACAAUGACCUCCAAGUGAACAACAUCGACAGCUGUGGAUUUCUGCACCUUAUUAAGAGCCUUGAGGUUUGGUUGUGGUCCAUUGGUGUGCUGUUCGGUUACAUUGGGUGGAAUUUCUUCAAUAUCAAUUUUGCCAGUUUCAUGAAAGGACUUGAUUUCAGCAGCAGCCAGACAGCCUCCGCCAUUAUGAUAUUUGCUUGUGGGGAGAUUGGCGGGAAAUUGCUCAUAGGUGUGAUCGGAGAUCGUCUGCCCUUCAUGUCCUUGUACUUGCUCGUUAUAUCGUGUAUCUUUGGAACUGUCGUCCUGGGAUUGCUGGCCAUUGUUAAGACUUUUACAACGGUUGCUGUCGUCGCUGUAGUGUCCGGCUUGCUGCGAUCGUGUAUCCAUGGGACAACUAUUCCAAGUGCAGCGCAGUUGUUUCACGAGGCAUAUGGCGCCCAUACUGUCGAGGUGUUAUCGUUUGUGCCACCGGGGAUCGGAACGCUGAUAAGUGCACCUAUAUCAGGUGUAUUGUAUGACGUCACGGGUGACUACGUCCUCGGCAUUUUUGUCAUCGCCGCCAUCUUUGUCUGUGCGUCGGCAGCGUUGCUUGGCAUUCCCUUGCACAGGAGGUUUGGGUCUCGUGGAUUGUCUGGCUCGGGUGGAUCAAGCCUUCCCGUUCCAUUAUAAGCUGCUGGUACAGAGAUAACGCCGCCAUAUUUGUACCUCCAUAGGCCAUAAUUGAGCGCUUGAGGGCGCACUGUACUGACGCCAUUUUCUGGAUAUAGACAUCGAUG